GCCUAGGUCCCUGAGCCCAGCCGGCUGCAGCAAAGGAACGACCUACUCAGGAGGAAUGAAGUCACAUCUCCCUUGAGGCUGGAGCUACAAGCUUUUCAGAGCCUCUGCUCACCAUGAGCCGACAGCCACAGCCCCAGACUGCGCGGACAGUGCGCUCCUCGUCCCUCCCGCGGACAGUGCGCUCCUCGUCCCUCCCGGUGUCGCCGACUUUACCCAUGUCCCAGUAUGCAUCCCGCUCAGACUCCAAGGGAGCAUUGGACAGCAGCAGCCCCGAAGCCAACACGGAAGAUGACAAGACUGAGGAGGACUUGCCUGAGCCCAAGAACUAUCUGUGGCUCACCAUUGUCGCGUGCUUUUGCCCAGCGUACCCAGUCAACAUCGUGGCUUUGGUCUUCUCCAUCAUGUCUCAGAACAGCUACAAUGAUGGAGACUACGAAGGAGCCAGGAGGCUGGGGAGGAAUGCCAAGUGGGUGGCCAUUGCCUCCAUCAUCAUUGGCCUGAUCAUCAUCGGUAUUUUCUGUGUGGUGCAAUUCUACAGGAACUCCUGAAGAGCCAGCAAUCAACUGGGAGCAUGGAGGACGUCCUCAUCCACACCCCUCCAGGAAGUUUCUGAGGAAUGGAUCCUUGAUUUUAGACUGUGAGGUCUUUUCCUCCAGGACUCACCAGAGGCAGGUCCCUGGCAAAUGAACACCAGACUGGAGUGCAGGAAAUCACAGUGGCACAGACAUGCCACCAAUGUUACUGACUGAUGAAAAUGGUGUCUCCAAGUCUCAGUCCGCCAAUCUCUUUGCAUCCAUUCCUCUUCUGUGGGGACGAACUCCCGAAACCUCACUACUUUUGGGGUGGGGUCUGGACUAGAGGGGAGCAUGUGGUUUCCAAGAAGAGCAAUUAAUGCUGGUGUUUACAAUUGAGUACAAACUUCAUAGCAUGUUUAAAGUUGUCUAGCAAUUUGAAUCUGUAGAUCUAUUUUUCCCAUGUUGUAGGUUCUCCACAUCUCCUUCAGCAACCCCAGAGUUCUCGCAGACUUUCUAUAGUCCCACUUUUAAUUUUUCCCAAUAGUUCCUCUUCUACUGGUAUCUGUACUGGUAUCUGCGUUGAUCACUUGGAGCCUGAGAAUGAACCCGGAUCCUAGGCAUAUGUGCGCCCCCUCUCCAUGCCAAGUGUGGGAGUAAACUGGCUAUUUUACGGAAUGUGGCUUUCUUUCGUGCCAAUUUCUUUUAGCAAAUUUUGGGCAAGAGCUUUGAUUUUCCUGGCUGCUACCUGGAAGAGUCACACCUUGCUUUUUUUUCCUGUUUGACAUCAGCUGUUAAGGUGUGAAUGCCCUGGCUUCAUGAUGCCAUCACCCCACCUGCCAGAGCAUGCUACCGCAGAGAUUUUGCAGUGCGCAGAGCAUGUGCCACGGGUAGCACACAAGACGAUGUCUAAGUAAUUUGUAAAUUCGACAGUAAAUAACACUGAACUUUGAAAAAUGCUUCAUGCUUUGUCUUUCUCACUCCUGGCUGCUGCAAGGAGAAUGCCUCUCUUGGAUACCAGUAUAGUCAGUAUAGUCAUUGCCCAACACAGCAAAGAAGCAGCAGCCUUCAUGUCCAGUCCUGUUUAGACAGUUCAGUGAUACUGCUAGCUUCCACUCGUGGUUCUCCACGGUCUGAUGCUCUGUGUUGCUUGAGUAAGUGGACUCAGAGGUCAAUAUCAAGUGGUUAACCUAACAGGUAAUAUUUAUGGCAAAAAAUUCAUCUCCAGAAUUAAUGUCAGAAACACAAUGACAAUGAAUUUACUUGAAUAAAGAAAAGAUUACCUGUUCUAA